AUGGACCGCCGCUGGGAAGACACCAAGCCGUCAAGCCCUUCGAGCUCGUCGCGUCCAUUGCCACCGUCGAACGUGUACUCGAGAAUCUAUAUACCCUCUCAGUACAAGUCUAAGAACAGGACUUCGUCGUGCUCGACGCGUUCUUUUGAGAGUCUGCCUGAAGGCGAGCAAGCUAACUUCAAGCCACAGCAGUACUCGUUUCCCUCCCAGUCUUUACAACACCCACAACCCCACAAGCAUCAUAGGAGGCACUCAGAACAGAGCAAAUAUACCUCAUACAAGAAAGAACGUGUCGAAAAAAGGUGGCGUGCUAUUCUUGAGCUUUUAGAGACUGAGAGGUCUUACGUCAAGGAUUUGGAUCUCAUUUGGAACUUUUUCAUUCAGCCCCUGAAGCAAUCGGGGGAUGAUUUGCUUUUGUCUCAACUUUUUCCCCACUUUCAACACAUUCUCAACACCAACAAAGAACUCUUGCGCAGCUUAGAAUGCGCAGUAUUACCCGGAUUACCACCUAUACCUGCUCAGACUACAACCGUUACCAACGCAACGACAGUUACCACGUUCAACUCUUUGAACGCGUCGACCACAGUCGCUGAAGCCAUACAUCCAGCUUCCCCGUCUUGGUCGAGCACCGAUAACAACAGUCAUAGAGAUAGCUACCUUAAAACACGUGCCAGUAUCCAACUCGCACCGAGUCUUCUCAAUCUCGUUCCUUUCCUUAAGCUAUACACACCUUUCAUUCGCAACUUUGAAAAUAGUCAGCAGCAGUUGAACAAAUUGCAGCGAGCAAAACCUGAAUUUGGUUCAUUUAUACGGAAUGCACAAUAUACCAUAGUCGAUACAGGCCAAGGCGGCUUCGAAUGGACACGACUGGGUCUCAAUUCGAAGUUACUCGCUAUUGUACAACGUGUACCUAGGUACAAGUUGUUAAUUUCUCAGAUUCUCAAAUAUACCGACGAAGCGAAAGAGGAGUUUGUCAACUUGCAGCGCGCAUUGAGGCUGGUCUCAGAUGUUGCAAAUACCUUCGAAACUCAUAUUGCUCAAUACCAACACACUAUGUCAUUGCUCACAUUACAAAAAAGUAUAUUCGGUGUGCCCUUCCCAAUUGUAGCACCCGGUCGCACACACAUCAAAUCAGGCUGGCUGGUCAAAAUUGGAAGGAAGAAGGAGGAAGUGAAGGCAUUCUUUCUGCUCAACGAUUGCCUCAUUUAUGCUUCGCCUACUUGUUCAAGCGUAGGUUCGGUUAUGAAUGUUGUCAAUCCGACAAGUCCACCGAGCACGCCAUCUAUUACGGAGUUCAAAAACUCACCAUUCGGGAGUGCGCCACCACUGCGCUCAAGCAGCAAGCACAACUCUUCGCACAGGUUGUCAUCGUUAGCAUUUCCUGCUUCUCCCGCUACUGCAGAAAGACCGCAAGUAAAAAGUGCAGGUCGAAGAGGACACAAGCACUCAGCAUCAUUGCCAGUGAAUAUGAUAACCCAACCACACUCUUUAUCAGCGUCUGUGACGAAUGAGGAGGAUGGUGUCCCAUCUGUCUCAACGCCACCACGUCUAGUAGGACCAAUUGAUAUUGGCACUCUCAAGGGGCAGUGUUUCACUUUCAACAGGAAGCUUGAUCUAGAAGAUGUGACAGUCGUUGCUAUUGACAAUGACUAUCCGCAGCUGCACGGGAGGACGAUACAAGUAAUAUCUUCAGAAAAGUCGUUCAGUAUCUACGCGGAAUCAGAAGAAGAGCGGAACGCGUGGCUGAAUGCGAUUAGGUCAACAAAAGAUGAGUACUUGUCAGCUUUCCGUACGCUCAAGAUAGACGACAACCAGUUCCCAUUAGACCCGGACACGUACAUCAGGCGCAAAGGAAAUUCGACCAACACGACAGUUAAAAGGACAUUGAACUCGCCUGCGCUGUCGUUCUCCACGCCGUUUUCAGGACACAGUACGCCGACUAGCAAACUGGCUGAUGAGAAUGGAUCGCACAGGCAGCGCAGGAGAUCAGUGCAUGCAUAUGCAGAAGUGCCUACAUCGCAGUCAAAAGCGCGGCCACGAGAGAGGACACGCAGCGCUUUGACGGGCGAUAUUUCAGCAGCUGCAGCCGCUACAGCGAUAGUGAAUGGGCUGCGCUGGAAAAAGCAGGCUAAAGAAAAAGAAGGACAAGGAGAAGGAGAGAAGGAAGAGCGGGCAGAUGGGUCAAUACUCACGCCCUCUCAGUCUUAUGCCAACUCACACUCACACUCGAAUCCCUCAGAGACCAAGCUGAGGGUACUCGAGCAUUACGCAGCGCCGGUGUGGGUGCCCGACAGCAAGGCAGUUGUGUGCAUGAGCUGCUCGGAGCCGUUUAACUGGAUGAGACGGAAGCACCAUUGCAGGAUGUGUGGACAUGUAGUGUGCCAUGAGUGUUCAACGAGGAAUUUCCUCAUCGUGAAUGAAGCAGGCGAGCAUCAGCCAUCGCGGGCAUGCGACGAUUGCUACGACACCGCCUUCCCGUCAAGCAGCGGCGGUGAGGAGACAGAGGAGGAGAUGGAAGACGACAAUGCGACGACACAAGCGAGGUGUCAAGAUAGCGAGGUUGGUGGACGUGAAGUGGAUGCUUCAACGCGAUCUACCUCUUCCACUUCCCUCAAUGGGGUGAUCCAGAGACGGGAACCAAGUCUGACGCGCUCGUCGUACGCGACCAGCUCGUCGUCUAUUGGGACAUCCGCGCCUUCGUCGCCGACAUGUGCACAGAGUGGGCAGAUUGGGCAGAUUGGAUUACACCCACCGCCACCACCACCGCCGCCGUCGCAGUCGCAGUCGCAGUCGCCAAAAAUGCACGGCAGUCACGCAUAUCUCACAGCGUCGCAUGAAAAGAGUUUAGUAGGUACAGCGAAUAUGAACUCGGGUUUCAAUCCAUCACAAUCGGUGGUGACGUGCACAUCAGCCAAGCCGACAGAGAGCGCUGCUCGGCUGGGUGUGGGGAGAAGGAAUCUAGCGGCACCGCGUAUCACGACGCCGAAAGCGGGGCAAGCAAGUCGGAGGAAGUAG